CACUCGACCAGCGCCUUGCACCACGUGCGUACUUGAUCCUCUUUCAUCUCCCGACUCUCUCCUCUAAUCUCCAUGGGAACGUCGUCACGCAUAGGGAAGUGAACGAGAGUUUGACAGUGAGCUAACUUAGCAUGGCAGCAAAGGUUGUUCUGCCAAAGAGGGCCGACCCGACAGAGCUGAAAGCUGUCUUUGAAAAGUAUGCCAGCAUCAAGAAUAAUGAUGGCAGCUUCAUGUCGCCGGAGGACUUUGUGACCCAGUUCCUCUAUGCCCAUACAGACAUCAGGCUGUCAGAGGGGGCGACGACUCUGCUGGCCGGGGUGGUGGACCAGAAGAAAGAUGGGUUGAUCUCCUUCCAGGAGUUCCUGGCUUUCGAGUCUGUGCUGUGUGCCCCCGACGCCCUCUUCAUGGUGGCCUUCCUCUUGUUCGACAAAGCAGGAAUCGGGAUGACCACUUUUGAGGAUGUGAAGCAGGUCUUCAGUCAGACCACCAUCCACCAGCACAUCCCCUUCAAUUGGGACUGUGAGUUCAUGCGCCUGCACUUUGGCAGCAGGCACAGCAGGCACCUGACCUACGGGGAAUUCACCCAGUUCCUCCUGGAGAUGCAGCGGGAGCACGCGCGGCAGGCCUUCGUGCAGCGGGACGGCGGCCGCAGCGGCGCCAUCUCCGCCCUGGACUUCAGGGACAUCAUGGUCACCAUCCGGCCGCACAUGCUCACCCCCUUCGUGGAGAACUGCCUGGUGGCGGUGGCAGGGGGCACCACGUCCCACCAGGUGAGCUUCUCCUACUUCAACGGCUUCAAUUCACUGCUCAACAACAUGGAGCUGAUCAGGAAGGUCUACAGCACACUGGCCGGCCACCGCAAAAACCUGGAGGUCACCAAAGAGGAGUUUAUUGUGGCAGCUCAGAGGUUUGGUCAGGUGACACCGAUGGAGGUGGACAUCCUCUUCCAGCUAGCAGAUCUGUCUGAGCCCCGCGGGCGGGUGGGUUGGCAGGACAUUGAGAAGAUCGCUCCGCUGGAGGAAGGUGCCCUGCCCUACAACCUGGCUGAGGUCCAGAGACAGCAGUCGGGCAGCGACGGCUCUCGCCCGGUCCUCGUCCAGGUGGCGGAGUCGGCCUACAGGUUCACCCUCGGCUCGGUCGCAGGGGCGGUGGGGGCCACUGCUGUGUACCCCAUCGACCUGGUGAAGACGCGCAUGCAGAACCAGCGCACCAGCGGCUCCCUGGUGGAGGAGCUCAUGUACAAGAACAGCGUGGACUGCUUCCGCAAGGUGGUGCGCUACGAGGGCGUCUUCGGCCUAUACCGGGGUCUGGUACCACAGCUACUGGGUGUGGCGCCCGAGAAGGCCAUAAAGCUCACAGUGAACGACUUUGUGCGCGGGAAGAACAGGCAGAAAGAUGGAAGCGUCCCACUGAGGGCGGAGAUCCUGGCCGGGGGAUGUGCCGGGGGCUCCCAGGUCAUCUUCACCAACCCGGUGGAGAUCGUGAAGAUCCGCCUGCAGGUGGCGGGGGAGAUAACCACGGGCCCCCGGGUCAGCGCCGUCUCCGUCGUCCGCGAGCUGGGCUUCCUGGGACUCUACAAGGGAGCCAAGGCCUGCUUCCUGCGAGACAUCCCCUUCUCGGCCAUCUACUUCCCCUGCUACGCCCACCUCAAGACACACUUCAGCCAGGAGGAUGGCACCAUCGGCCCGGCCAAGAUGCUGCUGGCUGGGGCCCUGGCAGGCAUGCCGGCAGCCUCGCUGGUGACCCCCGCUGACGUGAUCAAGACCAGGCUGCAGGUGGCUGCGCGCGCCGGCCAGACCACCUACAGCGGCAUGACGGACUGCUUCUGGAAGAUCCUCCACGAAGAGGGCGCCCGGGCCUUCUGGAAGGGGGCCGGAGCGCGAGUCUUCCGCUCCUCGCCUCAGUUCGGGGUCACCCUGGUGACCUAUGAACUCCUCCAGAGGUGGUUCUACGUGGACUUCGGAGGACAAAAGCCAUCUGGCUCGGAGCCCACCCCCAAGUCUCGGAUCAGCCUGCCGGCGCCCAGCCCCGACCACAUCGGGGGCUUCAGGUUGGCCGUGGCCACGUUCGCUGGCGUCGACAGCAAGUUCGGACUCCACCUCCCGCGCUACGACGCGCACGCACAGGCCCCACCCCCUGGCGGUAAGCCGGGGGUGGCUCCUUCUGCGUGAGACACGUGCACACACACACACACACACAUGUGCACGCAUGCACGCACACACGCAAGCAUGCACCCACUCAUUCACUCACUCAAUCACUCAACCACACACACACACACACACUAGUGUUUGUAAACAUUUAAUAACGUAUUCCUCUUUUGGUUGAUUAAAGAAGUUCCUGUUUAGUAGUGUACAUGCAACCAUGUUGGUUAAGCUAGCUGCUUACUACUUACUGGGGGUUAUCUUGAUGGUAGGACUGCUGUGCAGUGUUUGUUUAUACUUGUCAUUCUAAGGACUGUGGUGCAGAUGUGUGUCUCUAUAGAGGGGCUAUUGCACAGCACCAGGGCUAGUUAUUACAUAGUUUAAAGCUAUUACUAUAACCUAUUACAUUAGAGGUGAAUGUUUUCCUUUCCUCUUAUCUGUGAUUCGACAGCUGUAGUGGUGUCAAAGGGUCCUAUGUAAUCGUCACUUUAUGUUUUAAAAGAAUGCUCUUCUCAUGCUGUCACAUAGUUUACAUUAAAUUAAAAUUGGUCAGGAAGUCAUCCAGCACAGACGUAUCCCAAUCAAUUCCACUGAUAUUUGAGGAAUCAGAAUCCUAUGUCGUCAUCAGUGCCGCUGAUUACGUCCAAUGAACUGCUGAUUCCAAACAGAAAGCAAUCCGAUCAACACAGUUGAAUGUCCAAGAGUGUAAAGCAUAUGUAUAGUUUGGUUGUUUGUGAAGGUGCUCAGAGACGAUGUACAGAAGUCUACUUGAAAAGGCCGCACCAACAUGUGUUCUGUGGUAGGGGGCGUCCCACUGGCUGUGUAUAUAUCAAGUGUUUGCUUUCGAGAGAACGUAGAACGUGCAUAAGGUGUGUUACAAUACUUGUGCCUUACUGUAUGUAUGGCAGCAAUGAGUAAAGAUAAAGUUAGCUAAAUAACAA